AUGUCGCAUCACGCCCAAAUUGAAGAAGUCUCUGACUCCGACCCGGAAGAGGUCGCCCCUUCCUUCGAUUCGGAUGAUGAACUCCCCCGAAAUGCCAUCAUCUCGCCCGCAAAUAUCCCAACCAAGGCCGCCCCAGCACCUUCACCUCAACAAAUGCCCAUGCCGUCGAUGCCAGCACCUGAACCCCAGCGCGAGAUCCCCAGACACUUCCAAUGCCUGUACCCCGUGUACUUCGAUAAGACCCGAUCCCGCGCCGAAGGCCGCAAGGUGGGCGCCGAGCUUGCGGUCGAAAAUCCUCUUGCUAGAGAUAUCGUCGAUGCCGUCCAAAUGCUCGGCUUGAAUGCAGGCCUGGAGCCUGAGAAGCUGCACCCCAAGGAUUGGGCCAACCCCGGCCGUGUGCGCGUGCAGCUCAAGAACGAGAAUGGUCAAUUGGUCAACUCCAAGAUUAAGAACAAGCACCACCUCUACAUUCUCGUCGCACAAUUCUUGAGGGCCAACCCGACUAACGAGCAAUCACCCUACCGACUACGGAUUCGCGGCCUCCCCAUGCCCGAGAAGCUGCCAGCUGCUCCUUCCGCCCCGCGCGGAUGGAAGAUCGGAAAGAUCUUGCCCAUUCACUCGCCUGCAUACAGCGGCGGUGGUGUCAGCGACAACCCGCUCAAGGACGCCAUGGCCGAGAUGCAGGGCAUGCAGGGCCAGCCUGGGAUGCCACAAAUACCAGGAAUGGGCAACAUGGCAGAGAUGAUGAGCCAAAUGGGUGGCAUGGGUGGAUUGAGCAGUAUGCUUGGUGGUCUCGGCGGAAUGGGCGGGAUGGGAGGUGAGCCUUCAGCGGCUGGCCCGGAAAAGAAGAAGAAGGAGAAGAAGAAGAUCAUUAGGGCAUGA